UCUUCCUUUGGUUUAUAUUAUAUUUACUUGGUUGGUGGCAUGUGACGUACUAUACGACACAAGGUUGAACGACCGUUUACAAAAUGGCUGACAAACAUUUGAGAAAAAUUUUAAGCAGGAUUGUUAAGAUUAGUUUGUGCACCAAGUGAAAGUCUGUGAGUAUUAAGACGUCUGUUACUGGGUAAUCCAUUGAUGAUAUCCGCAACCAUGACGUGUUUAAAUAUGAGCCAGAGAUGUGGUUAUCUGUGGUACAGAAUGACCAGGAGAAAGACUAUUGAGAGUAGUGAUACCACCACUGCAUUAAAUCGCUAUCUCUCCACCUUUCAUCUGACCUUUAUGGGAGUUGGAGCAACUGUGGGUGUGGGUAUAUAUGUGUUAGUGGGCGUGGCAGCUAAAGAAUAUGCAGGACCUAGUAUGCUGAUAUCGUUUAUACUGGCGGGAAUUGUUACUUUGAUGAAUGCCCUAUGUUUUGUGGAAUUUGGAUCCCGAAUUCCCAAGACCGGUGGCUCCUAUACUUAUGUUUAUGAGAGUAUGAGUGAAAUAAUGGCGUUUCUCGUUGGAUGGCUCAUUUUGUUAGGCUACUUGACGUCUGGGGCCAUAGGUUGUAGAGCUUGGAGUGGAUAUUUUGAUUCUUUAUUCGACGGCGCUAUUCAUAAUAAAACGAUUGGUGUAUUUGGAACUAUGAACUUAGGGCCGCCAUUUAGUCACUCCCUUGAUCUUGUAGCGUUUUGUUUUGAACUUACCGUACUUGUGAUAGUGUCUUUGGGUAUCCAUGCCUCGGCUAAGGUGAACUUUGUUCUUUCUAUGGUCUCUAUCUCUGUUCUCCUUUUCGUUACAAUGAUGGGUUUUAUUUUUGGAAACAUUGAAAAUGUCAUAAAUAAGGAUCACGGGGGAUUUUUCCCGUUUGGUGUUAAGGGAGUGAUUGUGGCGACGUCGGCCUGUUUCUAUGCUUUCCAAGGAUUUGACGUUAUCUGUUUGUCCGCAGAAGAAUCGAAGACUCCACUAAAAUCUAUACCCAGAGCAAUACUUUUCGAGCUGAUUAUUGUGACUCUUCUGUAUGCAGGAUCAUCGUUCUCCUUGAUCAUGCUGGCACCCGUUUACCUCAUCGAUACUAAAGCACCUAUUCCAUCGGCUUUUGCGCUCAACAAUAUACAGUGGGCGAAGUAUGUGGUGACUAUUGGGCCUGUUUUGGGUAUCAGUAACCUGAGCUUGUUGAACUUGUACAGUACUUCCCGACACGCAUACUGCAUGGCGAAUGAUGGAUUAUUCUUGAAGGUGUUUGGUGUGGUCCACAAAAAGACUCAAGUUCCUCUGGUCGGUGUAAUGUCUAUUGGGAUUUUUGUGGCGUUAUCUUCGUUGUUUUUGGAUAUAGCAGACUUAGUUCAGUUCAACGUUCUGACUCUUUUUGUGAUCAACAUCAUAAUAAGUUCUAAUAUAGUAAUCUUACGGUCAAGGACUUCAGAUCCAUCAGCUGUGGAUGACACUGAAAGAAAGACAAUGAUAUCAAAAUGUCAGAUAUCUAAAAUAAUAGAUAAAUUCAGUGUAGGAUUUUUAAUAUUUUUUCUGGUUGUAAUAUCCUUGAUGGUUGCUUUGCUGAUACAAAGGACACCUGUUUUAUCCUCCCAACCUAAUAUUAUAGCACUGUGUACUGUGAUCUUGUUUACGCUAUUGAUAGUUGGUAUUAGUUUUAUAAUAAAAUUAAAACUGAAACCACCGACUGGCGAUAGUUUUAAGGUGCCGUUUGUUCCCUUUCUUCCAGUUAUAAUAAUAGCAAUGAAUAUGAUGUUAUUAGUCUACUCCAUUGACCUAAAUGGUUUAAUAACAUUUAUUGUUUUAAUAUUCAUAGGUCUUGUCAUAUAUGUAGUAUUAAUUAUCUUCUCUAGAGAUGUUAUGCCACGUGAAACGGUGAUAUCCGAGGAAGAGGUAGGGUUGAUGUCAUUAGAGCAAGAAUCCUGAUUGAAGUUAAAACUGGAGAUUAAUAUAAUAUUGUAAAAAUAAAUUAUUUUAUUUAUCUUAAUGAGAUUAAAACUAUAAACCCAUAAAAAAACGCAAACUUCCUGCUCAAUUUCACACAGACCCCAUUGGGACAGUCAUUAGCUUUACUAAUGCAUUAUUAAUUAUUAUCCGUUAAAAGUAACAAGGUCCCCAGUGCGCAUCUACUAGCACUUCCUUACAAAAUAUAUUUAUGUGGUUGUAAACAUCGUUGUCCUAUACACAGGACCCAAUUCGAGUUGAAACGUUGCCGAGUA